GGGAGCGGCGGUUGGGGGCGUGGUUAGGUCAGGUCACGUGGUUUAGGUGCGGUCAAUCCAGGUUUCCUGCGUGUGAGGUUUCCUCCGUGCGCACUUGUUUGGUAGAGCACAAGAACAGGAGUCACGAUGUCUUUCAGUCUGUCGUCAGCUAUAGGUGGGGAUGAAGAGGCGGUGAAGAAGGAGGACGCCCAGAAGGAUGAGUUUAGUUUCCCCUGGGGGAAAAAGGACAAGGACAAGGGAGACGGCAAGGACAAGUCCGACAGCAAGGACAAGUCCGACAAAAAGGACAAGUCCGACAGCAAGGAGAAGUCCGACAGCAAGGACAAGUCCGACAAAAAGCACAAGUCAAAGGACAAAGAUGGCAAAGGCGACAAAAAGAAGGACAAGAAGAAAAAGGAAAACAAGGAGGGGAAAAAAUCACGCUCCUCAUCCUCCAGCAGUGAUGAGGACUGAUGCUUCCUGGGGGACCGGACAGCUUUGUUAGUCUCUUAUGAUCUUGUCUAUUGACAAAGUGAGUGUGUGUGGUUCAGUGUGCAGUAGUGCCCACUUUUCUUCCUGCCCUUUCACUGGUGUCACAGAAACAUGCUGGUCUUGUUUAAACCAAUCUGCUGAUUCCAAGAAGUAAAUGUACUGACAACUAAGUUCUUUAAGUCAAUUAAAGUGUGUUUUCUUCACCACCAGAUGGCAAUGUCAUCUAUGUUUGAGGUCAAUCAAAGUUUAAAGUCCAAGUAGAAGAUUAAAACUAAUACAAAAAAAAUAUAGACAAUGUUGUUGUUUGUCAUUGUAAUUGAUCGUGAUCAAUUUAGUUGAAAUGGCAAAACAGAAUUAGAUUCUCUUUAGAAAAAGAAUAAAUAAAUGAAUUGUGUUGAAUAUA